CACACCACACACACACUUGACAAUUCCCUGCCCCCGCACAAAACAACCACGUUUGGACCUCCACAGCUCCACUAGAUUCUGCAACAGCAGAAGCAUAGCCAUCCACAGGCUCCUCGCGCAGCAGAGAGCUUCCUUCCGUUCCAUCAUGGGCGGAGUCGUCGGAAAGGGGAACACACCCGUUCCCGAAUACACUGUUCUCGGACAUGGAGCCAGUUACGAGCUUCGCGCCUACGACAGCUAUGUCGUCGCCGAGGUGGAGAGCUCCGGGGAGGGCUCCGAGGAUGACCGAUUCAGGACGCUGGCCAAGUAUAUUGGGGUCUUCGGCAACCCGGCGAACAAGAUCGCCGGGGGAGAUGCUGGGGAAAACAUCGCGAUGACAGCCCCGGUCGUUACCGGGAACCUCACGCCCGACUCUGGCAAGAAGAUUAGUAUGACCGCGCCGGUCGUCGUGGGGCCCGGGGCUGGCACAAGCACGAUGCAGUUCAUCAUGCCCAAGCAGUUCAAGAGAAUCAGCGACCUGCCGACACCCACAGACGGCCGCGUUUCCCUCCGGGAGGUGCCGGAAACCGUGUACCUCGUACAUCAGUUCUCGGGAAGCAUGGGCAGCGGGGACGGCCACGACGCCAUCGCCGAACGGGAGCGGAUGGUCGCCGUGGAGAAGGUUGCCUCGGAGGGCGGCGCAUUCUCCGAGUACGUCUCCGCCGACUCGAAGUUUUUGGUGGCCAGGUAUGACCCUCCCUGGACGCUCCCCUUCCUGAGGACUAACGAGCUGUGGUUCCCGGUGCCCCUCUCCCCUACCGAGGCGAGGGCAAAGCUUCCGACCGCCUAAGAAGACGGCGACGAAUGUCCUUUUUUGUUCGAAACUUUUGGACGACGGAGGACAUCCUCUUUGUUUGUUUUAACCUAUCGGUGCUGAUUUGACUUUCAACUCAGGAGUCCUGGAGAGGUCAGCAUCGCACACAGGGCAGCAGGCGGCUUUGCUGCUGCUUUAACAAUUUUGUUCCGUGGAUGUUUCACGCGGUGAAGGUUUUGGUUUUCUGGCCGUGUCCUGCUGUCCGUCUGCGUUUUCCCAUCUCACAUGCGUGAAAAGGUGUGAACUGAAAACCUGGAGUUGUUUUUCUGAAUUUGUAUGUAUUCCGCCGGGAUUAUGUGUUUGCACUGCAGACAGCCUGUUGCUUUGUUUUGUUCUGGGAGAAUUUUGAUGGAGGCGUUUUGUGACAUCCGUGUUGUUGGUUUCCCGUGCCUCCUAAAAUUUCAAAACAUAUUUCGUUUUGCCCCCUCUGAGCGUAUGGUCGAGCUAGCUCAUGGGCGUAUUCUUUCUAACGAGAGCGGUGGGUGCAUGGUAAUAUCGAGGGUAGCUUUCCAACCCUCUAUCACUCUUAUGGGGUAUGAAUAUUCAAGGAUGAACGGAUGUUCCUCGGAGAGAUUGAUGGGUUAUGGCGUGAGCUUCAUCUCUCUGGGAUUAACUUGUCGGGAGGGGGGUGUACUCAUGGUCGUGCAUGCCGUAGUCGUUAGGCCAUUGACCUCGCAUCCCUACAAAGCCGGGACGGAGCAAGCCGGGUUCUCACCGGACCAUGCUUGUCGGUGGAUGGGAUAAAACGGCCGUUCCCUACUGAAGGCUCCGCCGCCCGUCUGUUGUUCAAGCCUCCAUUUAUUUAUUGUUUUAAUCCACCAAAAGAGAGCACCGCAACACCUGCUGUUCACCGAAAGGAAUGAUCAAGUGAAUCUCGGUUCUCAGGGAUUAAUUACAACGCUUCCUUGUUCUGGCAACAUUUUGGCGUGCCGGCUUGGAAGGAAUCAGAUUUCUGUGGAGCCUGUUUGUUUCCUGGCGUGAGAGCUCUCGCUUGUUCGCUCUGUUUUGGGAUCACUGCUGUCUCGGUGUGCAUGUACGUGUCAUCUUAGUGACGCCAGCAGCUGCGCCCGACAGCCCUUGUCCGUCUCUUUUGCUCUUCCACAUAUUUGAGGUUUUGGCAAUAUUUUCAUUCUUUCAGUCUCAAUUUUUUUCCUUCUGUCUGCCUGAAAUAGUGCUGUCCCGCCAGUAAUUUACGACAAUGCAUCUUUGUCUAUUAUGAUGUGCUGUAGAGGGUACGUGUUGGCAGGUGGGUUGCGUUGUGGAGUUUCGAGUCUUCGAUUCAAGUUUCGAAUUCUGGAUUGACAAAGUCAAGAAUAAGGCUUCCGUGCGUCUUCCCGCACGAACCUCUUCGUAAGCAGUGGUUCAUGGAUUUGAGUACGAAUUUUUCGUUGCGAAUCCCAACUUGUUCUACGGUUUGAUGUGACGGUGCCAUCACGUUGCCCAGGUACCCAUGUCCCAUUGUCAAGUGACUGCGUCCUGCGCACCCUUGUUUCCACUUCUCAGGGCUAGAAGGCUCGUUACGCCCUGAUUCAUACUGUGCCGUUGGUACGUUCACGAAUCGUCUUCUACUUUGGUACAUCGUCUUCUACUUCGGGAUAUCAUUUGCCCUCCUGACAAAGGAAUACCUACUCGGAGUAGUGUACGUUCACUCUUCAACAGUAGGAAAACACACGCGAACCACGGU